AUGUUGCUCGCCGGCGAUGGAAAAAUGUCAGCGGCGUUGUUCCAGAUGUCCUGUCUUUAUCGGGGCAUGCUAGCGGUCAGAGCUGUGGGAACCAGGACGCUGAUCCCCGGCUUGGUCCUACAACAGUUUCGGGCCUUCUCCGUCCACAAGGAACCGGACCUGGAGGAGAAUCCGUUUUACAACAAGUACCAGGACAAGAUCAAGAAGCUCCGCAGCGAGAAACCACAGGAGUACAAGCAGCGGCUGGAGAAGCGGCAUGAAACGAAGAAGGAUGCCGUCGGACACUCGAAGCAAGCGGAGUUUAUCCGGGUCAUGGAGCAGGAGUUUGAGAGUAGAGAUAAGAAGGCUGCAGGUGAUGGAGCAUCUGGAGCUUUUACAAAGAACAAGACUUUAGGUUCCAUCCUGAAUCUGGAGAUGAUCAAGGACAAGACAGGCGAGGAGAUUGCACAGCUAUGGAUGCAGUACUAUUCAACCAAAGACACGAUCAGCGCUGCCAUCCCGUCUCAGAUCUAUGAGGUGAUUUUCAGCAGAUCCAAGACCUGCCCCAUGUUCGUUUACGCUCUGCCUCAGAAGGAGGGAUACGAGUUCUUUGUGGGUCAGUGGUCUGGACACGAGCUGCACUUCACCUCACUUAUAAACAUCCAGACGCUCGGUGAGAACUCCCCCAGUCAGCUGAUCCUCUACCACUACCCUGACCUGAAGCAGGAGAAAGGCAUCGUUCUCAUGACGGCAGAGAUGGAUCCCAAGUUCAUCACUGUCCACCAGGCUCAGUGUUUAGCCAAUCAGCUUCAGCUGUUCUACGGACCUCAGAGGCAGGACACGUACCAAUUGGUGGAGACCUUGAACCACAACCCUAAGGACUUUAAACACACACAUGUGAUAGCAGUGCUGGAGCAGAGCGGGCUGGGGUCUACAGGAGUCCCUGGGAGCUCUUAAGGAUGAACUGAAAAUGACUAAACUUUCUCAGACUGAGGUUUCCUUUUUCCUGGGUACUUCUGAGGUUAAUAAAAGAAGCAGUCAUUAAAAGAUGUAGGGAAUAAUGUGGAGGAAGCAAUCCAAGCACAUUUCCCUCUGUGUUUCUGACUGGGCCCUAGAGACUUUGAUACCAAAGCCAGUAAUGAAAUUCUUCAUUUGAUGUUAAAUGAGAAAAGGUAAGCUCUUAACAGUCUGGAUAUUCUUAUUAGAUU